AUGCUAACAAUAACACAAGGUUUUAUAAUCCUGAUAAUUUUUUUGUUAAUUGUUGAAUUUUUCAGGCUGCAAAAAGCUUGCAAGCAAUUCCCUCCUGGACCAACUCCUCUCCCAUUCCUUGGAAACUUGCUGCAUUUGAAAUUUCAGUUUCAUCGGGAUCUUCUGAUGGAGCUGGCAAAAACUCAUGGUAACAUGUACACUCUGUGGUUUGGGUGGGUCCCAGUGGUUAUCCUGAAUGGAUUUCAUGCAGUGAAGGAUGGCAUGACCACACACCCUGAAGAGGUUUCUGGGAGGCUGGUGUCACCUUUCUUCAGAGCAUUGGCCAAAGGAAAAGGUAUUAUCCUUGCAAGUGGUCGCUCCUGGAAGCAGCAGAGACGCUUUGGAAUAAUGACUCUGCGCAACUUGGGGAUGGGGAAACAAGGCCUGGAGCACCGAGUGCAAGAGGAGGCCUCUCACCUGGUGGAGUUUUUUGUGAACCUAAAAGGAAGACCUGUGGAUCCUUCUUUCCCUCUUUUCCAUUCUAUUUCAAAUGUAAUAUGUGCUGUGGUUUUCGGAUAUCACUUCUCUGAUGAGGACAAAACCUUCCAUGAACUGAUCCGUGCUACAGAGAAAAUAUUCAGGUUUGCAGGCAGCUUUGUUCAUCAGAUGUACGAAAUCCUGCCCUGGCUGCUGUGCCGCCUCCCUGGGCCUCAUAAGAAGGCAUUGGCUUGCUACGAUGUCCUGAGCUCUUUUGCAAGAAAGGAGAUCAGAAGGCAUAUGGAGAGAGGGAUACCAGCUGAACCACAGGAUUUCAUUGACUUCUACCUGGCUGAGAUAGAGAAAUCUAAAGAGGGGGCCAAGCCCAAGUAUGAUGAAGAAAACUUGGUGUAUGUCAUAAUUGAUCUUUUCCUUGGUGGAUCAGAGACCUCAAGCACUACAUUGUACUGGGGACUGCUCUAUAUGGUGGUGCAUCCAGACAUCCAAGCAAAAGUGCAGAAGGAGCUGGAUGCUGUUCUGGGUCCUUCCCAGUUAAUUUGUUAUGAGGAUCGGAGAAAACUGCCCUACACAAAUGCUGUGGUCCAUGAGAUUCAGCGCUUCAGCAACAUUGUCUUUGUUGGUGUCCCCAGAUUGUGUGUGAGGAACACAGCACUACUGGGAUUCCCUGUCAAAAAGGGCACCAUUGUUAUACCAAAUAUAGCAUCUGUUCUGUAUGACCCUGAUCAGUGGGAGACACCUCGACAGUUCAACCCUGGCCAUUUUCUGGAUAAAGAAGGAAACUUUAUACCUCGAGAAGCUUUCUUACCAUUCUCAGCAGGGCACAGGGUGUGCUUGGGGGAGCACUUAGCGAGGACCGAGCUCUUCAUUUUCUUUGCCAGCCUGCUGCGGGCGUUCACCUUCCAGCUCCCCGAGGGAGUGACCAAGAUCAGCACUGAGCCCAUUUUUGGGGGCACUCUGCAGCCCCACCCCUACAGGGUUUGUGCCAUUCCACGCUAGGCUGCAGCA